GUUGCCUUAUUGCGUUCCCCUGCCUUGGCGAAGUUGCGGGAAGAUGAUUGGAAAGAAGCUGCUUCUCGUGUUGCUGUUUUCGCAGCAAUUCCUGCACCUUCAGGGAUUCAAGAUAUUAACCCUUUCCUUCUUGGGAGGAAGCCAUUUUCUACUCAUGAACGAAAUUUCAAACAUUCUCCACAAGAGAGGCCAUGAAGUACGGAUGUUUCUACAAGAAGGAGAAAUGAUGUCUUCAGGAGUGCAGCAAAAACACCUCGGUUCCUACCAAAUUACGACUUGGUCUGCUGGUAAGGACUAUAUCGAUGAAUUCCAGAAAUGGUUUGACAGCUUCACAAAGGAUUGCAUGGAGGGCAGGGAGACAGUGAAUUCUUUCCUGGAUUUGAUGGGCCACAUGGCAUAUCAAUGCCAGGUUGUACUGAGCAAAUCAAAGACUCUCAACUCUUUGAAGGAAGAGGAAUUUGAUAUUGCGGUGAUAGAUGCAUUCAAUCCUUGCUCUUUCCUGGUUGCGGAAAAACUAGGUGUUCCAUUUAUUGCUUUCUUUCCAGGGACUUUAUUUAACGGGCAGGAGGCUGGAAUUCCGAGCCCUCCGUCCUACGUCCCUGUGUUCCGUUCCUUUUUAACUGACCGCAUGGAUUUUUGGGGACGUCUGAAAAAUUCCCUAAUGUAUUUUGCUUGGCCUUUGAUAAACCAUCAGGUGCAUUCCAAAUUUGAAAGCGCUAUUAAUGAGCAUUUCCCGGCCGGUUCCAGACCUUCUAUCUCCCAGCUGUACUUGAAAGCAGAGCUGUGGAUUUAUAACAUGGACUUCUCCAUUGAAUUUGCAAGACCUCUUCUUUCCAGCACAGUGUAUGUUGGUGGUUUAUUGACAAAACCAGCAAAAUCAUUACCACAAGAGCUUGAAGACUUUAUUGAAAAAACAGGAGAAGCUGGGUUCAUCGUAGUGACAAUGGGAACCAUGGUAUCAUCACUGCCGCUCCUACACCUGCUCAAGGAGAUGAACGAAGGCUUCCGGCAGCUUCCUCAAGGUGUUAUCUGGAGGUAUCAAACAUCUCGCUGGCCAAAGGAGAUAAGCUUGGCCUCUAAUGUGAAAAUCAUGGAUUGGGUUCCUCAGAAUGACUUGCUAGGGCACCCAAAGGCUCGCCUCUUUGUCACCCAUGGAGGGCUCAAUGGUUUAAUGGAAGCUAUUUACCAUGGAGUGCCGGUCGUAGGGAUACCUGUUUUGGGGGAUCACCUUGACAACAUGGUCCGAGUGGAAGCCAGAAAAAUGGGCCUCUUUCUUCACAUAACCCAGCUCAAGGCUGAGGACUUUACUCAUGCAAUGAAGGAAGUUAUAGGAGACCCAAGGUAUAAGUCUGCAGCAAAGGUUCUAAGCACAAUUCAUCAUUCUCAUCCAUUCACCCCAGAACAAAGACUGGCAGGAUGGAUAGAACACAUUCUUCAAGUGGGGAGCGGCAAACACCUCCAACCCUACGCCUUUCAUCAGCCAUGGUAUCAGCGGUACUUGCUGGAUGUCUGGUUGUUUCUCUCUGCUUUGCUCCUAGGCAGCAUUUACCUUUGUGUCAAGCUCUUUUUGUGGACCUGUGGUUCAAGAAAACUAAAACAGGCAUAACGUCGCUUCUUUCAGAUUUUGCUUGCUUAAUCCCCAUGGGGGAAAUGGCACGCAAGCACUCCAAAGGAUUCUAUUGAGAACAGACCGAAUUAUCUGGAUUUGUAUGAUUAGCUAGAAACACACACUUGCCACGGCUGAAACUCUGGUGAGAACUUUGCUUAUUGAGUACCUGUUUCCCUUUCUAUAUAAUCAGCUGCAAA